ACGUUCGCGCUUUUGUCACAAACUGACAAUUAAAAAAGAAAUAUAUGUUUUCAUAGUGAUUGUGAAUAAUAUAACCACGAGUGUUUAUUUCUGGCCUUGACGUUGCUAUGAGAGGACGAAAUGGCACGUGUGAGCAUACAUCAAGACGUCGGGCUGUACCCGUCAUAUAUGUAAGAGGUUCUCAUUAUGAAGUCGGUCACGAUGUGGGUCGCACGUUUUCAUCAGUCAUCAAAGAUUUUAUCGCAACCUACGCUAAUCUGCGGGACUUCGAGAAGGAAUAUAAAACUGAUACUGGGAAGCAGGCGUACGAGAAAACCUUAGCCAAUAUGAAACAGCGUUACCCAUGGUACUUGAAAGAGAUGCAAGGCGUCGCUGAUGGAGCUGAUGUUCCGUUCUAUCAGUUGUUCCUGUUGCAAAUGGACGACAUUAUUGGCACCAUCAACGAUAACCACAUUCCGAGGAACGAUACUGGUGGAUGCAGCUCAAUUGGAAUAAACACGCCGAGCGAUGCAAUCUUGGCUCAUACUGAGGACGCAUUCAGUGAGACGCUAAAUCACUUUUAUAUCAUGUCAGCUCAUAUAAUACCAACUCAAGAGGACAAAGAUCUUGGGGCCGUUGAGGAAAGAUUCGCGUCGUUAUGCUACGCGGGACACAUGCCCGGAUACACGAUGGGAUACAAUGGAAAUGGACUAGUUUUCUCCAUAAACACACUUAGCCCUAUGAUACUGAAGCCAGGGAACACUCCGCGAACAUUUAUCACCCGAGCUCUUUUGACCGCAAAGAAUUUAGAAGAUGCGGAAAGAAUUCUGCUCGACCAGGGUCUAGGAGCAGCCAAUGGAUGCUCCGUGAACAUGAUAUGGACUGAGGCAGACGGUACACGAAGCCUCUACAACGUCGAGAUGGCCCCAGACCUAACUGGGGAUAAGUCACUGUUGAAUGUUAAAAAGUUCGAAAAUGAUGUCACAAUACAUACAAACAAGUACCUUCGUAUACAGUUGAAGGAAGUGGAUGGCCCCAUCAUAGACAGUAGCAACGCUCGGUUGGAUGCAAUCUACAAACAUCCGAAGCCCAAAACACGGGAAGACCUCCAGAACAUUUUGUCAGACACUUCGAGACAGGACUUCCAAGUGUUCGCGGAACAGGAGGAAUCCGUUAUCAAGACUAUCGCAGCUGGUAUAUUUGAUUUGGGAGAAAAGACUUGGAAUAUUUACAUCAAUAAACCAAACGCAUCCGAGCCUGUUGCCAUUUUACCAAUUAUAUUCACCAAUUUAGGAAAAUAAAAAUACUAGUUAAUUCAAUAGUAGAAUCGCUAGCAGAGUGCUUUAAUAUUAUAUAAUAUAUAAAAUACGCAUGGUAAAUGUUGAAAUUUAUUGUAAAUUAUUGGUUCUUAGAAUACAGCUUGUGUUUCUUUAUCCAAGUACUACUAACCCAACUCAAAAGGAUAAAAUAUGUACAUAAUUUGAAUAAAUAAAACAUAUUAAUCAAUGCUGUGUGGGCUACGCCAGUCGUAAACUUCUUUAAACCUUCUACUUAUUCUCUACGAAAGUUGUACGUUUAGGCGCGCUCAAGCAAGAACGGUAAGUUUCCAUACACAAAAAUAAAACCCUCCUUUUCUAUUACGAUGAUUAUUUCAUUUUCCGUAUUGCUCAUGCUAAGGCCGCAAUAGUAAAAUUAUUAACAGUGUGAUAUUCUAUGUAUGAUGCUAGUAAGCAUCGGGAAUAGUAGGGUUUCACAUGUUCUACAUACAAUGUCCACUCACCUAUUCCUUUACUGCAUUAUAAUGAGUUCCCAAAGCAUUCCAGAUAUGAGAAUUUGCCAGACGAGAUGCGUUGUUAUACAAUCUUUUUAUAUAAUCGUAUAGAUAAAUUUAUUUAUUUAAUAAAAGUAUUUAGUUAAUACUUUAAAUAUUUGUGUUUGUAAUUUUAUGGUUAAUUUAACUAAACAACAUUAUACGUCUUGCUCAUGUGUUCUUGCUUAUGUUUGUAAUUCCUUGUUAGAGUCACCUUAUUAACAUGCUUAAGAGAAAUGUGUAUUGAUUAAAAAUAAACGAAACUAAAAUG